ACAUAAGUCGUCGUCAUCGCGUUUUGAUUUCAGUGACACAGUGGUCCGUUGUCCUGAGUGGUACUUGUGCAGAGUUCCAGCAUUCGACCGGUUUCACCCGUAGCGUGAGUCUUUCAUUUUAUUAGCGUAAGGGAAAAGGAAUAUCAAGGACAAGCCAGUUGUACCAGAAACAUCUGAGACAUCAAACAUCAUGGUUCAAUCUGAAACUCCCCAAAUGCCAGAGUUCUUGUCUCGAGUAGCCAACCUUCCUGUUGUUCACUCAGCUAUUGACUAUGCUUCUGAUACAUAUAUGAAAGCAAAGGAUUCGAGUCCGUCGCUGAUUAAGAAGACUUGGUCCACCGCGGAAGAUACUAUUAACUUCGCUGCCAGUCGUGUUUUGCCCAUCGUCCAAAAUACUUUUGAGGGGCCUAUCCAUGCUGUUGACACGCUGGCCUGCAAAACUUUAGACAAAGUAGAAGAAACAUUGCCAGUUGUCACCAAGACUACGGAAGAAAUUAUGACAAAUACUCGUUCGUACGUUAACGGAAAGUUACAACCUGUUCAAAGUGGGGUUUCCUCUGCCGUUGACGUUGUUUCCGGAGCAACGGAUAGGCUGCUUGACAACCGCCUCGGACGGUUGACGCUCAAUACGGUGGAAUUCAGCAUCUCUACUGUUCAUGAUUUCAUUGACUAUUUCAUUCCCCCCAUUACCGGCGAAACCGUGAUUGAUAGUCCUGUUGUUCCGGCAAAACCGUCAGGAAAAAUCAUGUGGACUAUUCGUCGAAGCUUCGACGCCCUAAUCAAAGUUCAGAAUCGUCUUUUAUCUCGCGCUCAGCAGACUUUAUACCAUCAAGCUUGUAAUGCUUUGGUUGCAAUUGGCGGUCUGGUAGAUCUUCUCGGAUGGAUACAACUGAAUUGGCAAGAGUUAAUGGUGAAAAGCGUGAGCGUUAAGUUGCAUGAAGUUGCUACAUACUAUCGUGGAUCAGCUGAUGGCGAUAGGAAAGGUCAAAGCAAUUGGUUUGACGACGUCGUCUUCCUGGCUAGCUAUUUCGCUAACCAAUGUGUGCAUUAUAUCCGUGGCGCUAUCAGCGCUACGAUUGGAAUUCUGGAUUCCCAGCCCGUUAGAGCACUUCGCCUUCAGCUUUCCCUCGCUCUGGCUGCUACGUUGGACUUUGCUACCCAAGUCAUUCAAACCCUGACAUCAGAUAACAUGCUGGAAAGAACUGAAAAAUUUCUUCAAGCUGAAUUCCCCCUCGUUCUCAAUGCCCUAGUGGCGGCUAAAAAUAUGGUCGUUAGUCCCCCCAAGGAAAAAUUACAAUAGGUAACCUCAAUGUUGAAUCUCCUUCCCCGACGACGAGGCCAUUGUAUACGUUAACAAACGUUCUAUCUGGUUCGAUCCCCUCGGUUUCCUACUUUUUUUUUUCUUGUUUCUUUUUUUUGAAAGUUUGGGUGGUUUAUAAUUGCCUUUCUGGUGGUUGGGUUUUAAGCUUAAUUACUUUUUAUAUUCCCCUCGUUUUUUAACUACUUCAAAUGUUUCAUGUAGUACCUAGCUGUGUUCUGUUGAGAUGAAUUUAAGCAUCAAUUGGGGAUGCAAUAAACUAUUAUUCACGCUUAA